AUGUCGAACAGCAAACCAGUCCAUCUUAAUAUAAGCAUUAACCCUCUGUGUCCAUCCGGUGCUAUUUCUGACUUGUAUGAAGUAGUGGAUGCUAUCGGGUCAAUGACAAUCCAUGAUAUCGAUGAUCUUGAAGCGAACCUCAUCAUGGACCUCGCAAGGGCCAAACGAGACGUUUUCAAUGCAGAGAAGAAGCUUGCUGACUGCUUGCUCCGUGAACACAAAGUCAUGGCCAGUCUCUCGAAGCAUAAAUCCGACAUUUCACAGCAAAAACUCGCCAAGGCGGAUGUAGGAAUAGGCCACAUGCGGAUUGUGUUCAAAAAACAUGGUCUUUCUCAUCAUGGACGCAUGCCAAGUGAUUUUCAAGAAUCGCUUGGAUGUCAUCACAUCAAGGUCCAGUUGGAUUGA